AUGGCUGGGCACCCUAAGCAAAGGCGGGACUUCACACAGAAAGAAAAGCAGUUGCUCACAUCUUCCUUAAGCGAUCCUCAAGUGCAAGCCAUACUCAGCGAGGGUUGGCAAGAGAAGACCAAGAAACACAACAAGGGGUACAAGGAUGGGACGCUGAAGGACGCAGCCGUGUGUCUGCAGAGACUCGUUGAAGAGCAGGCAGGAGUCGAGCAGGGAGAGGACAAAACGGUAGAGGAGUAUCAACAGUGUAUCUGGGCUUGCGCUGAGGCAGAGAAUUGCGUGUGGCUCCCGGCGGAAGCUGACAAGGACCGCGAGGCGUACUUGGACCGUUUUCAAAUGACAGGUAGGCGAAUCCACAAGUGGGUCAAGAACAAUGCGAACAGACGCAGUGUCAUCACAUUGCCUCCGUGGCCUGUCACUCGGAAGUUGCAUACACUUCGCGGCAUCGGCGUUUUCUCCAAGUCAGACCACUCAUCCUGUCUUUGGACAAAGAGUGAGCUGCUGGAGGUGAAUUCCAAUGCAGCUAAAUCCUGGCAUGUUUCAACCUGGAACAAAGUGGUAAAGGCUGCUUGGGAGCUUCUUCCUGAAGCAGAGAAGGCUCACUAUGACAGUCUUGCCGCUGAAGAGGAAAUGAAGAGGAAUGAAGAGGGUAUAGAUGGUGCAACAAUCGAGACCAAACGAAUUCGUCGAGAGGCCAUAGAACACAUCGGCAACCACAUUCGGGACUGCGCCAAACAGUGGAAUGAGAGGACAGGAUGUCUUUCUCUCACUUUUGUUAGGGGCCUUGACAAGCUGGGCCAGCACCAACUUCCUGCAGAGGCUGGCGGCAUGAAUGCGAUGCAUGGCGAUGAGACCCCUGCGGUGGGUGACAAGAUGGGGUCUCAAGGUGGCAAUAUACCCAUGACGAUGGAGGCAGCUUCUACAACGACCAACGAACCUGCUGAGUUGGAUUUACCGAUCCCCCAAGACUUGGACGCGGGUCAUGGCUCCGACUCACCCGGCAGCAUUUCGUCAAGAGAGGGAGCAGGUGAAGAAUCCACUGUAGAGAACGAGCUGGAUAUCACCGCAAUGACUUUGGAAUCUGAGUCUAUUGCAACUGUUGAGGAAGAGGGUUUGACUCCAUCUGGCAAUAUCGGUGAAAUGAGAGAUGAUGUACUCACCGUCUCCGACGAGAGAGGUCUGGAUUCAUCCUACCCGGCACCAGUAUCUGAUGCAUCAAACGAAGAGACUGGUAACACCGAUAAUGAUGAAGCCGAGAUACCUGCGGGUUGUGCUAACAAGAGGCUGGCCUCCUUCACUGCGGGAGGUCGCCGUCCAUAG